AUAUUUUAUUUAUUUCCAAAGUUUCGAGUUUUUUUUUCAUACUCUUAAAUCAAUAAAAGACGUUACAAUGUUCAACUUUAAAUUUCCAAUUUUCUGCAAAAAGCUUAAAAAGCAUCAAACUUUAGCCGCAAUCGGAUUGUUCAUCUUUUUGAUGACAUUUACUUUUGUGUCAAAUUCACAAGCCUCUGGAGAGCACCAAAAUGGUAGAUGGGCUGAAGGUAGAACAAUUGAAAAGCGAUCUGUAAAGAAUGUUAUUAGUGAAGAAGAAUCCAAGUGCUUAAGUUUGUUGUCAACUACCGGCUUCUCGGAUUGCCCAGAUUUUUGUUCAGUGCUCGCUGCAAAAUUGAAACAGCCGAAGGAAGUAUAUAACUGGAAAACAAUUAAUCUCGCUUAUCUUGGAGGUCUUUUCGUUAUCAUUCUAAUCACUACUACUCUUACGGUGAUCCAGUGUUGGAGGCUUAAACCUAAAGAAGUCUGUAUAGCGGAGACGGCAAAAACGACUCCAAGUAUGGAAGUGACUGCUCCAUCUCUUCCCAGAACUAUCAUGGAUCGAGCUCAAGAGGAUAGUACUUUGAUUGAAACUUCGGCAAAACCGAAAUCGGGGGAAUCCGAUGGUGGCGGAAUAGGAUGUGAGGAUAAGUACAGUUUGGAAGAUGCUGGAGAUCCGGAAAAAGCAGUUGCAAAACCGGAAGAUUUGAUAAAACUGCAGCAGCAUAUGAACAGAAUGGAUGCCCAGCAAAAGUCGGACACUAGAAGUGACAAGUUCAUCAAGAGAGGGAAGAUUUAUAUUCCGAUUGAGACACAUAUCCCACCAGCGUCCGUCCUUCCGAACAACGUCAUUCUGGACAAAGUCACAUAUAAUCCGAGUGCCAACGAAAUUUUCGACAUUGGAUCCGACAUUGACGACAUCGAAAUGGAGCCAAGUACGAUGCAGGGCUCGGAUAGUGGUGGUGAUCCAACUGACAAAUCGAUUGCUGAUAAAACUCCGAAAAAGGAAGUAAAAGUUGAAACGCCGAAGAAGGAUGGAAAUAUGGCAAAGGCUUCCCCGAAAGUAAAGAAAACUCCAGUAAAGACUCCAGGGAAGCAGCCGGGAAGAUCUCCAGCAAAACCCGGGAUGGAAGAUGUAACGCAGUUGAGCCAGGAGAAGUCAAAAUCGUUGAAAUCGGAGUCUAAGAAGAAGAAGGACAAAGUUUCGAAGGAGAAGCAUUAA